AUGGACCACGGUGGACACAUGGGCUCGGGCCACCACAUGCCCGACCACCACGGCGCAAUCCCCUGCAAGAUGGCCAUGCUCGGCAACACGGACCCGAUCGGCAUCUGCCUCGUCUUUCCCUCGAUGCAGAUCACCUCGUCCGCAACCCUCGUCUUCUACCUCGCCCUCCUCAUCCUCCUCUCGAUGGCGACAGAGUACCUCCGCCUCUCGCUCGCCACGUUUGACCGCGCCCUGCGCUCAAACAUCCGCGGCGGCGGCCUCGCCGCGCUUUCUGGCGACAGCGCGCCCGAAUCGAGCCCGGUCCUCGGCGCCUCGCGCAGGGGGUCGCGGAUCAACGUGCCGUCGCGCCGAGGGAGCGCGGUUGGGCCGCUCAUGGUCGAGGGCGCAGACGAGGCGCUCCUGGGCGGCGGCGGUGGGGCAGGAGGAGGGGGAGUCGGCGGGUCGCGCAUCGCGCCGAGGUACUGGGGUGUCGUGCGGCUGCCGUGGUUCGUUCAACUGCGACGGAGCGCAGGGUACGCGCUGCACGUUGCGCUCACGUUCUACAUCAUGCUGCUCGUCAUGAGCUACAACUUGCAGAUUGUCGGCGCCAUCAUCCUCGGCGCGUUCCUCGGGCACUUUGUCUUUCACCGCGGGAUCGACCUCGGAGCAGGAGCGGGCGACGAGGACCAGAAGGGGCUGCAGUGCCACUGAGGGCGCGUGUGCGCGACAGGAGCCUGUACCGUGUACUCUGCAGUGAUCAGUACUAUUCGUCGUC